AUGUCUUCUCCCGGAGGGAUGCUCCAGCAAGUCAAGCUUGAAAAGCUUCUGCCAAGUGUAGCAUUGCUGUUCCUCACUGCUUUCUAUUCCCCUGUCUUUCUCUUGACACUGUCUCCGGUUUUUGGCUCUGCGCCUUCCCAUAUCUUUCACGGGUAUGGAGUAGCUGUCAGUGCCGCUGCUGGCUGGUUCUUGAAGGACGUGAUCCAUCGGCUGUCUGGUCGCAGAGCAGUAUAUUUGGUCCCCGUUCUCGCAUUCUGGGUGCCGACCAUCCAGUACUUCAUGUUUCACCAGAGCUCAUCUUUCGGAAAUCCAACUGGCCCGCUAAUUAUUGAUAUAUUUACCUUUUACCCUCUGGUACUCCUUUCUGUGGCUUGCGCCGGGAAACUAUUGCAGGCGGGCCUGAACAUGAGCCAGCAUGGAGACCUUAUGACAGAGCAUAUUCCCCUUCUCGGAUCCUAUGUUAUCUACUCCGCAGGAGAAUAUUUCUCAGAAGCGUUUAUCUCGAAGUUCAUUGGCUUGACCUUCUUUCUGAGCCGUGGCGGCCUUCAAUUACUGAUUGCGAGCUUGUAUUCGGCUACCAUCCCAUCUAAAUGGCUUGUAUUAGCGGUUCCAUCUAUUCUCUUCUCUCUCACGUCUAAUGUGCACAUGCCCUUCGGCCGCACAACUGCCGCUUUGAACUCUGCUAUUCAAGUGGAAGGCUAUGAACUUCUCGCUAGACAGGAUUCUUCCACCGGUCUUCUUGGUGGUCAAUGGACAAAGAUGCCGCGCAAUUACCAUCCCGAGGUCAAGGACCCCAUCUACGCUGUGUUUGCUAUGCUCGAAGCCAUCCGUUUGAUCGAAACCGACCACGGCGAGGCGCGCGUGGACGCGAACAGCAAGGCUCUCGUCAUUGGACUUGGGGUAGGCACCACCCCCGCUGCGUUGAUUACGCACGGCAUCGAGACCACAAUCGUGGAGAUUGAUCCGGUUGUGCAUAAAUUCGCCACGGAAUACUUCCACCUACCUUCCAAUCACAUCGCAGCUAUUGAAGACGCUACAGUGUUUGUGAAGCGUGCCCAAGAAUCCCCAAACCCUGCUCAAUAUGACUACAUUGUCCACGACGUCUUCACCGGCGGGGCGGAGCCAGUCGAGCUCUUCACAAUCGAAUUCAUCAAGGGUCUAUAUGACCUAUUGAAAGACGAUGGUGUUAUUGCCAUUAACUACGCUGGCGAUAUCUCACUUUACCCAGCCGCACUCACGGUGCGCACAAUCAAGACAGUCUUCCCGUCGUGCCGAAUCUUCCGCGAAGACGCAGCCGCGGAUGCCAAAUUCGAUUUCACCAACAUGGUGAUCUUUUGCAAGAAGAGCAACACACCCCUUCGCUUCAGGGAUCCAGUCAAAGCCGAUUUUCUGGGAAGCAAGUCUCGUCAACACUACCUUGUGCCCAAACACGAGGUGGACCCAGCCCAAUUCGAUAAGGUUGAGAAGGGCGGAAGACGUGUUCUGGUUGCAAAGGAAACGGGCCGUCUUCAUAAGUACCAGGAUCGUGGUGCAAUUGCCCAUUGGGAGAUCAUGAGGACAGUCAUGCCGGAUGCGGUCUGGGAGAAUUGGUAA